CCGGGCGCUGUGCUCGCGCCCCCAGCGCGCCAGUCCCGGGGCUGCAGGGAGCGCAGCGCGCGCGGCCCGGGCCCCGGCCACCGGAUGCCCUACCGGACACGACCCUCCCUGGAGCUUGGACAACUGCCCACCUCGGACACUGCACCGGACACUGCCCCCCACAGGGCUGGCCACUACAACGGACACUACUUCCCAGCUCCGGACAUUGCUCCCUCCUCCCCUCCACCCCGACCCUGGACGCUCUUCCCCCUCCCCCCUCCGGGGGCCAAGCACAAGCCCCCGGCAGGCUCUAGCUGGCGUCCCCGUGCACCCCAACGCUGAGCACUGCUCCCUCCCUGUUGCUCUCUCCCUCCCUCUCCCCUUCCUCCUGCCUCCAGUCCCCCCGCCCCCGCCCCCGCCCGGGCAGCCGAGCCCCGCCAGUUUCUCCGACCCCCUGCUGCCCGGCCGCGGCUGCACCCGCCCCUAUCCCGGGUCGCUCGCCCGGAUGCCUCUCCCCGGGGGAUUGUGGUGGCUUCUCUGCUGCCGUCGAGGCUUCACACUUCUGCAUCGGGACUACGGGGACGGCGAGCUUAGCGGGGACGGGGACGAGGACGAGGAGACCUUUGAGCUACGGACCCCGAGUCCAGCGGGCAGCGGGAGGGGCCCCCUGGACGUGACGCUGACUCAGCCGGUGAGGACCGGGCCGGUCUCCGACAGGCUGCAGAGCUCGGAGGAGACUCGGAGCCUCAUUCCGGAGAAGGGACCGCCGGAGGACGACCCGGACGUUGUAGUGAAAGGUUGGCUCUACCGCGAGCCCCGCGCCGGAGGGGCGCGGCCCUGGCUGCCCCCACGCCGGGCCUGGUUCGUGCUCACUCGGGACUCCCUGGACCAGUUCAGCAGCAGCGGGAAGGGGGCGCGGCGCCUCGGAAGCCUGGUACUCACCAGUCUGUGCUCUGUGAUCGGUCCGGAGCGCAGGCCCAAGGAGACCGGUCUGUGGUCAGUGACCGUGUCUGGACGGAAGCACAGCGUUCGCCUUUGCUCUCCGCGCCAGGCAGAGGCCGAACGCUGGGGCGUGGCGCUUCGUGAAGUUAUUGCUGCCAAGGCACCGUUGGAGACGCCCACGCAGCUACUUCUCAGGGACAUUCAGGAGAGUUGUGGGGACCCAGAGGCUGUGGCCCUCAUUUACCGUCGGAACCCUAUUCUGAGGCACACGAGUGGGGCCUUGUAUGCCCCACUCCUGCCCCUGCCCUAUGGAGUGAGUGCCCCAGGUCCGGGCUACGCACCCUUGCGGGAGGAGGCUGUACGGCUGUUCUUAGCGCUGCAGGCACUGGAGGGGGCACGGCGCCCGGGGCCCCUGAUGCAGGGUGUGCUCCAGACCUGCCGGGACCUGCCCGCGCUCCAGGACGAACUCUUCCUGCAGCUGGCUAAGCAGACCUCGGGCCCUACGGGGCCCCCCAGUCCCCCUGCUACCCAAGACCCUGCAGUCCUGCGGUACUGGCAGCUCCUUACCUGCAUGAGCUGCACCUUCCGGCCUGGAGGAGCUGUACGGGGACACCUCCUAGGGCAUCUGGAGAGGACCGAGCAGGCGCUCCCGGAUUCCGAGGUGGCUGAAUAUGCGCGCUUUAUCCGGAGAGCCCUGGGCCGGAUGCGCGGCCGAGAGCUGGUGCCGUCCCUGGCGGAGAUUUCCGCGUUGAGCCGGCGGCAGGAGCUGCUGUGCACGGUGCACUGUCCCGGGGCUGGUGCCUGCCCGGUGGCCAUCGACUCCCAUACCACAGCGGGGGAGGUGGCUCAAGAGCUAGUGGGGCGGCUGGGCUUGGCCCGGAGCCGUAACACGUUCGCGCUGUAUGAGCAGCGAGGGGCACAGGAGCGAGCCCUGGCUGGGGGGACCCUCGUAGCCGACGUGCUCACCAGGUUUGAGAACUUGGCAGCGGAGGAAGCCGGGCUGGAGGGCUUGCUGGAAUCGGGUUGGAGGCUGUGUCUGCGUCUUCACGGACCACUGCAUCCCGAAGGCCUGUCCCCAGACGGUCACGAACUGCCUUUUCUUUUCGAGCAGGCUCACGCUCUGUUGCUGCGCGGUCGGCCGCCCCCACCUGACGACACUCUGCGCGCCCUGGCGGCGUUGCGCCUGCAGUGUCUGCACCGGGACUUCUCCUCGCGAGCGCCCCUGCCGCGCCUGGACCGCCUACUGCCACCCCCGGCCCCGCAGCGUGAAGACCCGCCCCGCCCCGCCCCCAGGCCCCUCCCCUCUGCCGCCCUGCUGGCCGGGGCACUCUGGAGCCCAGGACUAGCCAAGAGACGGGCGGAGCAGGCCUGGCGCGGCGGGGCCAGUCGCACGGCGGGAAGCACUGCCCGCGAUGGAGGAGGCGGCGCCGGCACCGCGGCUGCUGUGCUGGGCGGUUGGAAGCGGCUGCGGGGCAUGGGCCGAGCUGAGGCCAUGGCUGCCUACCUGGCUCUGGCGGCGCAGUGUCCGGGGUUCGGCGCUGCUCGGUAUGACGUUCUGGAGCUGAGCACGGAGCCUGGUGGGGGCGCUCCACAGAAGCUAUGCCUGGGCCUGGGAGCCAAGGCCAUGUCCCUUUCCCGACCUGGUGAGACAGAGCCCAUCCACAGUGUCAGCUAUGGCCACGUGGCCGCCUGCCAGCUAAUGGGGCCCCAUAUCCUGGCAUUGAGGGUGGGAGAGCGCCAGCUCCUCCUGAAGAGCCCCCAGGUGGAAGAGAUCAUGCAGCUGGUGAAUGCCUACUUGGCCAACCCCUCCCCCGAGAGGCCCUGCAGCAGUCCUUCUCCUCCGUGCCAAGACCUGCCAGACAUCUCCCCUCCCAGCCAGCACCCGAGCUUGGAUGAGCCCCAGGGACAGUCUGGCUGUUUGGGGCAGCUGCAGGACUGAGCCUGCCAAGAGGUCAUGACCUCCCUCCUGCCUCCAGUUUGGGCCUGGACUGCUCUGAGAUUUGUGGAAACCAUGGACCCUUUUGGCCCUGCAGGGACAGGGCAUACCAUGCACCCAAGAGCUGCAAUGGGUGUGGACAGUUUUCUAGUUUGUUUCUUAAUUUAUUUGUAGAAGAGAAGCAAAAAAAUCCUUAUUUACACAAAA